UAACAUUCCCAGAAGCCAAGUCAAUCCGACGUGGAAGCAGUUCUCUCUUUCGGGAGGAAAAGAAAACACAUUUUGAAACAAGUAGUCUGACAGACAUAAACAACAACAAGGAAUGGCCUCUGCUAACACUUCCGGGUCUGAAGAGAACUUUUCAUGUUCCAUCUGUCUAGAUGUGUUCAAUAGUCCAGUUUCUACACCAUGUGGACACAACUUCUGCAGAACCUGUAUUACAAAGUACUGGGACGAACAAGUCAAGUUCAAAUGUCCUCUUUGCAACAUGGCUUUCAACACAAGACCUGAUUUAAGGAUUAAUACCCUCUUAUCAGAGCUGGCCGCUCAGUUUAGAACAUCCAUACGAGUAAAAGAUCAGCUCUGUGUUAAACCCGGAGAAGUUCCCUGUGACGUCUGUACUGGGUCCCAGCUGAAGGCCGUGAAGUCCUGCCUAUUGUGUCUUAUCUCUUACUGCCAAACCCACCUGGAGCCACAUCAGAGAGUCGCAGGCCUGAAGAAACAUCGGCUGGUCGAGCCUAUGGACCGUCUGGAAGACAGGAUGUGUAAGAAACACGACCGACUUCUGGAGCUCUUCUGCCAGACUGAACAGGUGUGUGUGUGUAUGUUGUGCACAGUGACAGACCACAAGUCCCAUCCUGUUGUACCUCUAAAGGAGGAAUAUGAAGUGAAGACGGCCCAGCUGGGGAAGAUAGAGGCGGAAGUCCAGCAGAUGAUCCAGGAGAGACUAAGUAAUGUUCAGGAGAUUGAAGACACAGUAAAGCGCAGCAAAGCAGAUGCAGACAGAGAGAUAGCCCAUGGUGUGCACGUCCUCACUGCUCUGAAGUGCUGCAUUGAAAAGUGCCAGGAUGACAUCAACCGAAUGGUUAAAGAGAAACUGAAAUCCACAGAGAAACAAGCUGAAGACCUCAUCAAAGAGCUGGAGCAGGAAAUAGAAGAUCUGACCAAUAGAAGCUCAGAGGUGAAGCAGCUCUCACACACUGAAGACCACCUCCACUUCCUCCAGACCUUCAGAUCCCUGAAGGAUCCUCCACCCACCAGGGACUGGACCACGGUGGAGGUCCUUCCUCCGUCAUAUGUAGGGACCUUGAGGAGAUCCCUGGAUCAGCUGGAGGAGACACUGAACAUGGAGACGAAGAAGCUGCGUGAUGCUGAACUGAAGAGGGUCCAGCAGUAUGAAGUAGAUGUGACUCUGGAUCCUGAUACAGCACCUGCCCAGCUCAUCCUCUCUGAGGAUGGGAAACAAGUACAUUAUGGAGGUGUAGCGAAGGCCCUCCCAGACAACCCUAAGAGAUUUACAGAUGUUCCAUGUGUUCUAACGAGGCAGAGCUUCUCCUCAGGUAGAUUUUACUUUGAGGUCCAGGUUAAAGACAAGACUGCGUGGUCUGUAGGGGUGGCCAGAGAGUCCAUCGACAGAAAAGAUCUGAUCACAGCGACCCCUGAGACGGGUUACUGGACUCUCUCCUCCUACGAGGAUGGGUUGGUAUUUAAUGAUAAACCUAAUGUCCGUCUCCCUCUGAGAGCUGAGCUCCAGAAGGUGGGGGUGUUUGUUGAUUAUGAUGAGGGUCUGGUCUCCUUCUACGAUGUGGAAGCCAGGGUUCAUAUCUACUCUGCUACUGGCUGCAGCUUCACUGAGCCUCUCUAUCCAUUCCUCUGUCCAUGGCCCAUUGAUAAUGAAGGCUUAAACUCUGCCCCCCUGAUCAUCUUACCUGUCAAUCAAACAGACUAG